CUGUACUUGUAGUAUGUAACCGUCACCAUGAGGUUUUAGUCGACCCUCGUUGAAAUUAUUAUUUUUUUUUUAAACAACAAUAUAAAAAGUAGAUAUUUCACAAGUAUUGCUAGAUUCCCUUUCAAGAAUGGGUGGCAAGAAGCAGCAGGCUCAGAGGUCUAAGAAUAACACGAAGCCUUCUAGCAGUGGGAGGUCUGCUGAACACAUUACAAACAUACCUGCAACGCCUGGCUUUUCCAGUUUUAAGACGAACCAAACUUUGAAAUAUGCGGGAACCCUUCCUGACGUCAUUGAUCCCAGUAUGGAUCCAAGUUUUCAGAUGGUGUUUAAAAAGAUGAACAAAAAGGAUGCCACUACACGUCAUAAAGCUCUGCUAGAAUUUAUUGCAUUGUGUAAGGCAAGUGAAACGGACAUUGUCACAAAUGCUCUUCCAUCAUGGGUUCGCAUAUACUCCAGCUUGGUUGUUGAUGUAGAGCAUAGAAUAAGAGAAGCAGCUCAACACGCUCAUAGGGCCAUUGUUUCUAAAGUCGGCCGAAAUUUGGCACCCUUUAUAAAACAGGUCGCCCCACUAUGGUUCAUAUCGCAAUACGACACCCAUGCUCCUGCAGCAUCAGCCGCAUCUCUUGCAUUCAAGGAAGCAUUUCCUCCGCAUAAAAUUGUGGAUGUAAUUACAUUCUGCCAAAAUGAAAUUUUGCAGUACAUUUCGGAAAAUCUUUUAUCACAAGCUCCAAUCAUAUAUGGAAAAACAGAAAAUAAACAGUUAGAAGAGAUGGAAGCCAAAUAUGCCAGGAUAGUGGUUUGUUGUUUGAAUGGAUAUGCUCUUUUCUUGACAAAGAUACCCAGCGAUCGAUUUGAUUCGAUUAAAGAAAUGAACGAUAAAAUUAUUUCAAAUGCUAACUUUUGGAAGUUUUCCAAAUAUAAGGCCGGAUCGGUGAGGGCUGCUUGGUUCUCCUUGUUGUCUACAAUGUGUCAACACGCCCCGCACUUUCUAGAAAGUGAACAAAAAAGGGCAAUUAACAGUACGCUCAUACAUAUCAACGAUUAUGACCCAGUUGUUUUACCUGCUGCAUGGGAAGCAUCCUUGCAAAUUAUUACCAAUUUUCAAGAUUGUUGGCAGCAUAUUAACAUGGAAAAAUUUCUUCUACCGAAGUUAGUGAAUAUUUUUAGCCAUGGAGGACAAGGCAAUGCAUCUUUUAUUUGCCCUAAUGUACUCCCACUUCUAAGUCGCAUUCCUGAUUCAAUAAUAAACAACAAACAAGAAUUUUAUGUCAAGAUUUUCUCUAGUUUUAUAACAGGGUUUAAGCAGCAGAGUGUUGCACAAAGUCAUACUGAAAGUGAGGCUAUCGCGACAUCUUUCAACGAGUGUAUUCGUUACAUUAUUCUGCAACAUAUUGAAGAAUUAGACUUUUGUCUUGCCUUAACCGAAAAUAUUUUAAAAGCGGUUGCUACCACCAUGGUUGACCCGUUGUACCGACAUCUAAUAACGUCGCUUUAUACAUCGUUAACUCAAACAUUGCUACACUGGAAGAAAAACGAAGCAACGAAUGAAAAUUAUAAAGAGCUGGGAGAAUAUUUCUGGAAGGAAAUGACCAAAUUGUGUAUUGAUAGCAUCGACAAUAACAUUCAUGACAAAACGAUUCUUAACUUUGUUUAUAAUUGCCAGUACAACUUGUUUGUUAUAUUGAAUGAACCGUGCGCAAAGAAAAAAAAGAAAAUGAAGGUCCAAUUUGUAACAGAUGUUGAUAGCAAGGAAGUUUCGAAGAGACCAGAAGCUGAAACGACUACAGUUCUUAAUGAUUCAAAUCAAACAGAAAUAAAGAGAAAUGUAUCAUUACUGAUUGACAAGCUUGGAAAGAAAUAUUUCAACUCAGUUUUGGAUGACACUAAUAACGACUUCAAAUUAACAACUAUAGAACAUCUUUGGAAUAUUUCUAAAGUUCUGCCUAACGAUCAAAUGGAAAUACUAAUUCAGAGUGCCGGUCAAGAUAUAUCUGACAUAUUAACUGGCUGGCUUAUGAAUCACAAUAUUUCCACAGUUUAUUUGGUAGGUUUUAUUUUUAACUCGAUCGAUUUUAUUGGGACAGAAGAGAAGAAAUCUUCAGUGCUAGCCGAAUUAUUGAAGAGUCGACCCGAUGAAACAUUGUAUGAAGCGAUUAAAAUGGCUAUUUAUGAUUUAAGUACAAAACCAGGAUUAAGCAGGUGGCUCAAGUCAGACUCUGUAAAAGCAGAAGUUUGCGAUGUGGGAAAUAUAACAAAAGAAAAUUCCCAGAUUUUGGAAUAUUACCUCAUGACUAACAAAAAUGGCGAGUUCAUUUUGGGCAAUGACACAGUAUCGUCAUUAUUUGAUAUACUAACAGAAAUGUUGAAGACUGGAACUAUCUCCCUUGAAAAUGUCAAUACAAUUUUGAAUCCAUUGUUCAAUUCAAGAAAUAAAAAAAAUCUGGAACAGUUCAGCGAGAAAAUUCUUCAUAUCCUUGAAUUGUUGUUCUGGGUGAUAGUGACAACGAAGAAUUACAAUAAUGGUCAAGUGUGGUUAACUGGUGUCAUGCUGUUUUCUACUUUACCAAAUAUGGAAAAACCAUUUACAGACCAUAUUUAUAAUUGUGCUAAAAUUGUUGCAGAAUAUUUAAAUGAAUUGAACAAUGAAGAAGAAGUCGAUGUAAACGGUGCUGUAAAAACAUCAUUUAUGCUUUUAAACGCAGUUGUCCAGGGUGAUAAAGAAGUCAUGAAUUUAAAAGGGGCUAAUAUAUGCAAAUUAUUUUUGACAACUAUACUUACCGAGUCAACAGAAAAGUGGCAAUCCGAAGUUGAAAACAUUAGUUUCACCGUUGAGUUUUUAGACGGGUUAUUGCCUUACGACGAGAAAAAUUUGAAAAACGGUCUGUACAUCGAAAAAGGAAAAUGGGAUCCUUUUUGCAAAGUUAACUUCCUGUCAUACGUCUGGUCGCUGCUCUAUUGUCUCAAAUACCUGACAAUUUUGAUGGACGCCCAGUAUGGAGAAGAAAAUACAGACGACGAACAAGUAUUCGAGCAUUUGCACAUUCAGCUGAACAGCGAGCAGUACAGUGAAUUGGUUCAACACUUGCUGGACAUGUGCCACGGACUACGUCUGUGCAACACAAUAAUUGAUAACUUUGUCAAUACUAAGCAGUGUCAUCAAGCACACAGUCAUUUUAUUGAAUUAAAACCCGGAUUAAAAGAAUUGGUUCAAAGGCUGCAGGAAGAACAACAAAAAGCGUUGAUAGAAUUAUGCGAAGAACGGUGUAAAAACGGAGGAUCUCUUUGGAGUCGGACGCUCAAGUUUGUAAAGGAAGAGUUUUUGGAAAUAUCUUGUGCAGAGGAAGAGAUUGAAAAGACAAGUUUGGACGACCUCACAUCUUAUAGUUUGUAUUUGCUUAGAAAGCGAGCUGAAUGCAAUCAAACCGACACGGAAGAAUUAACUUCAGGGCUUGAACUUGUUAUUACAACAUAUAAAAAUAAUUUUCUUAAAAAGCAACUAAGUGAACUUGAUGGAAGUCAAUUGUGCCUUUAUUCUGAGAUCGUUUGGUUUUUAUGUACCAUAAUCAAACACGCUCCUCAAGUCGUUAACGACAGGGCUGAAACUUGGGAUUUCAUUUUGAUCUCUUUAGCCACCUGGAUUGAAAGUAUAAACACCACACAGACUCAUGAAUAUAGUAAAGAGUUUGUGCGUUACGUCACUGCAGUAUGUGAUUUGCACCGAGAAUUUGUAAUUCAUUUGGUCGAAGCAAAGAAUGAAAAAGUGUUAGAUGAAUGGCAAGAAAUUUUUGCCAGUGAUUCAUACGGAUACGUAGGAAAAAUCUGGAAACACUUUAGCGAAAAAACACUGAAUUCAAAUUUCGAUCAUGUAAGUCUUAAAUAUCUCACAACAUUGAGUAAAAUGAUUUGCUUCAUUUGCCACUCGGAUACGCACAAGAUCCCUUGUGAGAAAUUUUGGACGGAUGAGAACAACGUAAUUACGUGGCUUCAAUACGGAGCUGACUGUAUUACUUCACCUUAUAUUCCUGUUCAGAUCACUUGUUAUUGUAUUAUAACAAACAUAAUUCCUACACUUGUUAAACUUGACAGUUCAUACGAUGAAAGAACGUUAAACAAGCUCUCCUGUCAAAAGUUACUCAUAAAGCUCACAGAAACGCACAGCGUUGUUACGACUCUUUUUCAGGAUUACAGUUUUACGGUGAGCUGUUCAGUAUCCCCUUGUUCAGACAGCUUCACUUACACAUGGGGAUAUCUUCUUAUGUGGUCUUUAGUUUUAAAAUUAUGCCAAGGAGGAGAUUCUCAAACACGUUAUGUUUAUACACUUUGGAUAAGAGAGAAAGAAUUGUUUGGGCAUUUUAUGGAAAGUAUUGUCAGAUUAAUGCCAGAGUCAGUUUUACUCAACAUCAAUUUUAGCAAAAAGCAAGAGCUAUUCACAACUCCACCUGCAUUAACGUUCGAUUGCUGUACGAGUGAAACUCUCAGCAACUUUUGCUGCUGGCUUUACUGCGAGCUUCUCCGUACUUUGCCAGCUGUCGUCAGACAGUGGGGCGCCGAGGCAGAGCCGAAAUUCUUAUCAUUUAUCGAUAAACUUACGACGAUGUACGUUUCGCCGAUAUUAUGCAGCGAGGAAAUGAAAGCUGUUAAAGAACAACAAAAAGCUUUUGAAAAUUUAAAGGUUCAGAUUUUCCCAUCAGCGAAAGAAGUUGUUGCCGUAUAUACUGUUGAAGAGUCUGCUAUGGAACUUGUUAUAAAAUUGGCAUCAAACCAUCCUUUAAGUCCUCCAAAAGUGGAUAUUCCAAAGGGCCUUACUGCCUCCAGCCAGACCAAAUUCAUAAUGCAACUUUCGAUAUUUCUCACUCAUCAGAACGGUUCAAUUUGGGAUGGGCUGAUGUUAUGGAAAAGUAAUUUGGAUAAAAAAUUCGACGGCAUCGAGGAAUGUUAUAUUUGUUUUUCAAUUUUACACAACACCACCCAACAGCUUCCAAAACUAAGCUGCCAGACGUGCAAAAAGAAAUUCCAUUCGUUCUGCUUGUACAAAUGGUUCACAACAAGCAACAAAUCAACUUGUCCCAUUUGCAGAAAUCAUUUUUAAAACCGCCAAAUGGGUAUAAAUUAAAAUUGAAUUGUUAUUUGUACAUAUGUUUGUAUUAAUAUUAUUUCAAGGCUAGUGUAAUAUUAAAAAAUAUCUUUUGUAAAUAACAGCAAUAUAAUUUUUUUUUGUUAAGCAAUUCUUUUUAAAAAUAUCCCUUUUACAUAAAACUCAAAUGUACAAGAACUAUCACAGUUGAGAAUUUAUUUAUAUUAAAUUAUUUUUUGUUUUGGGGAGGAGAAAACAAAA